ACUCGCGUCCGUGCUCGCGACGAGACCACCGCGCGUCGCGACCGCGAAACGAAUCGACGUCGGUAGCGUCGGUCGCGCGAGCGAUGGAUACCGUGGACACCAUGCAGGUCGACACCGCGCCCGCGGAACCUGUGCUGUCGAAUGUGUCCCUGGAGAUUCUCUCGAUCAUCUCCGCAGCGCAGCGUGAGCACGGGCUACGACACCGCGAUUACGCGCGAUAUCGAGGAUACUGCGCGCGUCGUCUUGCUCGUUUGUACCAGGCGUGCAAGAUGAAGCACGGUAAAGGACGCUUCGUGAAGAAACCUUUGGUGGCAAACACGAUCGCGGACGAACGCGCGCUUUUGGUUCCGCUCGUGCAAAGCGAACGGGCGUGGGCGUAUGCGAUGGAGAUGAAGGAUUUAACCAACGUCAAGAGAAGGCGGAGUGAUCUAAGACAGCACAUGCUUCGUCGUUUGAAGAAGGCGGUGACGCACGCGAACGAGUUGGCGACGUUUUGCGAGCGACUCGGAAACGACCAGACGGCGUUGGAGGGCGACGCAUACGCCAACUACAUAGGCGGCGUCUGCGCGGUGGAGCAAGGGAAGGAUUACGUCGGUGCUAUUACAAAACUUCUUCGCGCAAAGCUUGCGUACGCCAAGCUCGGUGUGCUCGGGGAUCAGAAGCGCUUGGAGUUGUACCGAGAGCGAACGGAGGACCUCGCGGACCUCGUUCGGUUUGCGCACUACAAACAAGGUCGAACGGCGGAUUUGAAAGCCAUGGAGAAGGAAGCCGCGAUCGGUUUGUCAUCAAAUAAGGUGUUCACCAUGAAAGUUGAGGCACCACCGGAGAUUGAAGAUAAAAUUAGAUGGCAUGCGAUGGACUUCGAGCUCAAGAACCGCGACGCUCGCGUGCUCAUUGCUCAAGCGCAAGACUGCUUGGCCAAGGUUGACGCGCUUAAGAACGCCACUGGGCACAAGGCGGGCAUGUUAUUCGCUAAGGGAAUCGCCUUUUACGAUGAAGCUCGCAUGAAACUCAACGACGACGUCGAGAAGGAGACUGCCAAGGCUCUGUAUCAGCAGGGGGAUGACGAAGACAAAGCCGAUCGCAUCAAGUUAACCGAGAUUGCGUUAUCUCUGAUCGUUAAGGAUAAACUCAUCGAUCGAAACAAGUUCGUUUGCGAUCAGCUUGACAAAAAGCUCAGUGGUCGCGCGAAGAAAGAGAAGGCUGAUAAGAAACUGAAUUUUGGCGAUCUCGCUCGAAUGUACGAUGCCGCGACUGUCGACUACGAGGACUUGAUGGAAACGGCGCCGAUGUUGCUCCGGCUCAAGCCCGAAGAUGCCGACAAGCAUAUCGAGGAAUUCGAAGUAGACUGUGAAGCAGAAGUCAUGCUGCUCAAGGCGCGACAAAAUGUUGCUUUGGCUUGUCACUACGUGCAAGUUGGUAAUUCCAAAGAGGCAAAGGCAUACUUCGAAAUUGCCACGGAUCUCGCCACGGAUGCCGAGGGACGAGAUUGCGCGGGAGAGAUCCAAGAUGAAGCCACUGAACUUCUCAAAGAGAUUGAAGUCCGCGUUGCGAAAGCACAGCGCAAGUUGCAGGAGGCUGACGACUCGGUUACGAAGUCUCAAUCGGGCAGCGACUUGACUAGCAAGGUUGCUGAAAAGUUCAGUAAGUUGUUCUCGUUCCGUUAAUUUCGAGGAAAGGGCAGACAAAUUUAGAUAGUAGAUGCAGUGUUUUUCAAUGA